GCCACGUGAUGUUUUGCUAACUGUUAGCCACAGCAAGCUAACUUUGUGUUGUAGUUGGCAUCUUAUUUUGAUCCUGCUCAACUUGCCAGAUUGCUCUCGGCUCUUCGUGGGAUUUGACCUAAAUGCGAGUUUUAGCAGCAAUUAAAACAACGGAGCCAUGAACGGGAGCACGAAUCCGCUGUUGGACAAAGAGGAGCAUGUUUUGAAGCUCGGAGAAAGCUUUGAGAAGAGGCCAAAGUCUUCCUUUCACACCAUCAGAUAUGACUUCAAACCAGCAUCGAUUGACACAAGCUGUGAGGGAGAGCUUCAAGUUGGGAAAGGAGAUGAAGUUACCAUAACACUACCUCAUAUUCCAGGUUCUACCCCUCCCAUGACAGUAUUCAAAGGAAACAAGCGGCCAUACCAGAAGGACUGUGUGCUCAUCAUUAACCACGACACCGGGGAGUUUGUACUGGAGAAACUGAGCAGCAGCAUCCAGGUCAAGAAAACUAGGGCAGAGGGCAGCAGUAAGAUCCAGGCCCGGAUUGAGCAGCAGUCACUUCGGUCCAGCCAGCCCACCUCUCAGUUUAGGGCCCCCACUAAACCCGGGGCUGGGAUCAAAACCUCUCCUUCCCCAUCUAAGGACAACCCCUCCCCAGAGCCUCAGCUCGAUGACAUCAAGAGAGAGCUCCGAGCAGAGGUGGAGGUGAUAGAGCAGAUGAGCAGCAGCGGCAGCAGCAGCUCCUCAGACUCGGGCAGCGCCUCAGGGAGCGGCGAUGACAGCAGCAGCAGCGACGGUGAGCUCGAGACCCCCCGACCCCUCAGCCAGACGUCACCCAGCCGCCACCCCAUGGCCAACGGAGGACCUGACCGGCAGCAGGGGAACAACCAGCUCAUGAACACACUCCGAAAUGACCUUCAGCUCAGCGAGUCAGGCAGUGACAGCGAUGACGACUGAGCUCUGCUGGUCAGUCUCUCUGUCCACACUCCUCCUCCUUUCUGCCUGGUUGAAUUGUUUCUUUGCUGUGAUAGCUGACCCCAGCUGUGUAGGUUGGUUUGACUACAUAUAUUUUUUUUAAUUUGCUUUAGUAUAUCCUGAAAGCUGGCCAGCCUGGAACUUAAGAGUGUAUUUUUUAUUAGAUGUAUAUCUUGUUUUGUAUAGCGAAACUGGAGACAAAGAGAAAAAUUCUUCAGAGGUUUGGAAGAUUAUAUAUUAGAGUGCACAUACAUAUUUUCUGUACUUAGAGCAGCUAGUUUUAUUUACUUGUAUCAUUAAUAUUUUUUUUUUCAGUUUUGUCUAUGGUUUGGCAAGCAAGAUUUUCUGUAGCUGUACGAUCAUCGCUGUAAUAUUUGUUUUUUGUUUUCAUUUUGCUAAGAGUACAAAAAAAGCAGAAUUGCACAGAUGAUCUGCAAAUAGCAACAAAGCAAAGAAAACAAAUGACGCAGGUAUUUUGUCAUCCACUAAGUUUUUGAGGUCAUUGUGGAACAUGAUGCAGAAUCAGUAUCAGUUGCUGAUGCUAACUUUAGUUUGCUGUUUGCUGGUCAUUUUUUUUAAGUAGCAACACUACACUCACUAGAUGUCACCUUUUAGCAGGUUGAGAUUGUGGUUUGCUUAUCUACGCUCAUGGAAAAUUAACAGGGCAACAUGCUGCAUGUUGUUUUAAAGCUCCAGUUAGUUUGUUUUCUAUCCACAAGGGGGCAGAAAAGACUCAACAACGAGCAGAAACUCAGAUUGCUGGUAUGAAUAACAUGUAAGUAAGCUAUAGAAUGUAAGUCUAGUGUUGUAGCUCUCUUUUGAUUUGAACUGCCACCCCCCAAAAAAUCUCAAACUAAUUAGCUGCUCAACUUUCCUCACCAGCUGCGUUUUACUUCCACUGUCUACUCUGUGGUGCCAGACACACAAGCUUUUAUUUUUCUAAGCUCAUUUAUAUGAAACAGUAGUUACAAACACAUGAAUCUGUUAGUGUUUGCUUUUUUUGCUGAUGGUCAGAGGAAAAUGCAGACUUUAAUCCUCCAGUCGGUCUGUGAGGCCAUAACUAACAAGUUAAUCAUAUUUGAAAGGAGACGGGUUUAUACAAAAUUGGCUUAUACAAAAUUUCUGUCAAGAUUAAAAUACUAAAAUAAAAUCAAAGAACCAAAUUAAACUCGCUUAAAGGGGGAAACUAAUUUGCCCCAGAAGCAUGCAAUGUGUUAAUCAUCACUUUCAAGUUUGUUGUAUCAGCUAUGUAUCAUUUGCAAACAGAGAACAUUUUAUUUUUUUGCUCCAGUAUUUUCAUAUAAAACCUAUACCAUUGUACCAUUCCACGCCUUAAAGCAUUCUAGCUUGGAAAAAAUAAGUGAAUGUGUCAUUUUCUGAAAAUGCCAAAGAGCUGAAAUGCCCCUCGUCAUGUGCAAGAUGUACAGGAAUGUUCGCAGUGUAACGCCUUUUCCAUGCAUUGACUGCAACUCUGAAAUGUUUCCAGGCAUCGCCUGCAGUGGUUGUAUGUGACAAUGAAAAUCUCUCAGUCAGUCAAACCACAAGUUAAACAGACUUUAACUGGUCAGAUCCCUGUUGCACCGUGGUUGUGUGUGCAUAGAGCUGGUAAUAUUAAUUUUCUAUCAUGCUUCCUGCACCCUCUGAACAGGUGCCACACAUUGUAUAAACUAAACAUAGUGUUUCCAGUAGUUAGAACACAAACAGAUCUCUUGCUGUGUCCUACAUGUGUGAAAAUCACUUAACGACGUCAGUGUGUAAUUGUACUUUAAAUUUUUUUUCUGUAGUUUAUGUGUAAUUGUGAUUUGUAUCAGUGAUUUUCUUCCAAUUUCUGCUAGAGACUGUGAAGAUACCGUUUAUGAUUAUGAAUGCAGUAUAACAAGCCACAGUGUAGAGAAAACCGAGGAGUUUUAUUACAGAAUGAUUAGACUUAAAGGUCACAGUAUUUGUUGUUAAAGAAAUUUUGACUAAUGCAAAAUUUUAGGAUGAAACGCCAGAUGAUUGUCAUUUUUGAAAUUGGUGACAAGUUUUGGGUCAUAUUUAAAGGAAAUUUCCAUCAAAGUAAUUAAAUAGUUACUGUAAGAUUAGCACAAGAUGUACUUUAUUAUAAUUAGUGUGAAAUUUGCCUUGGGCACAAGCGUAUGGCGAGACAGAAACAAACAUACUUGAACCCAUCCAUCCAUUUUUCUACCCCACUUGUCCAGUUGAGGUUCACAGUGAGCCCAUCCUAGCUGUCAUAGGACAACAGGCAGAGUACACCGGUGAAGGACUGUUGGAGGGCUAACACAUAGAGACAGACAGCCAUUCAUGCUCACAUUAAAACCUACAGUUGGUUUAGAAUCACCACUUAAUCUGAUGAGUAUGUUUUUUGGCCAUGGGAGGAAGCUGGAGUACCCAGAGAGAACCCGUGCAGGCACAGACAUGUGGAGUUUUCCUGUUUAAAUGCAAUUCUGUUAGAGCUGUAUUUAAACUACAUGUCUACAUAAACAUAUGUCAGCCAUAUUUUCAGUCAUCUGUGACUUUCGGGGGGGGGGGAUUGUAAGGGUCUAUUUUAAUCAAUACAGCUGUCUGCACAGACCCACUUUAUGUGACCCAAAGCGUCUUUUUAGGUUCAAGUCUAUUUUCUUCUGUUUAAUGCUUGCAGCCACAGUAAUGUGUGUGGCCCAUAUACCAUACUGUGGUUUGGGAACGAGGUCCUGACAUGCUACUUUUUCAAAACCUUUUUGUGUGACUGCAUUCAUUUGCAGAGGAAGAAACAAGUGUAUUCAAAUAAUCCAGCUGCCCCUUACAUACGCAUCACUCUCUACAGACGGCUUAAAACUGAACUUUCGUUUACUGAAAAACCACAUUUAAUAUAAGGAACAACUACAGAAUGACUUAGUGUAUUUUCUGAAUCCCGUGUACACACAUACAGAUGCUGUUAAGCCUCUUCUCAGGACUGUGUGGGAGUGGAUGGACCGUGCUCCUUCAACUCCACCCACCACACUCACAUUUUGCACCUUUUAAUGUUGAACAAACUUUGAAACAGCUGACCUCAUGUAAUUCCCAGCAUAGCACUAUCCCAUAUACAACCUCAGCAGUACAAGGCUUGCAAACUGAAAACAUCAACAAGGAGUAGAAAACACAUGUAACUGGCAUCCCAGUACUUGCAUCAUUUAUUAGACAUCAGCUCCAAAAAGAUGUGUCAGCUACCAAAUGAAAGAGUAAAUUUGCUCUAGUUUUCUGCUGUCCUAUUCUCCUAAAAUGAGAGAUUUUACGAGUGGAUGUGCAGCAUCAACAUUUUGAUGUUUGACAUUGACUCAUAGCUACGUUCAUGUUGUGGGCAGUGUUCUAAACUGAAGCUAGUCUUUUCUUCAUUAACUCACAUAACAAAGCAGACAUGAUUGUGAGUUAUAAGACUGUCAUACUGUGCAGUACUAGAAAGAGUUACAGUAGCAGGUGAAAUGUAAGUAUUUCUUCUUAAACAGGGGGAAAAUUCACUAACUUCCAUGUGUCAGUGUUUUGUUUCUCCACCCGGGCCAGACUGCAGUCAUAAUUUUUUUUUGCUUUUGAACAUUGCUUGAAGUGAAAGAGGGUGGCGAAUUGUCAAAGUGAGUGAAACCACUGAAACAGGUGGACACACGUCUAAUCCCCUAAAACCUGUACAACCCUGGAGACUCAGUUUUGCUGUUGAAUGAACUCUGAUGUAUUUGGUGCUUUUAGUCUUUCUGUUUUAUUUUAGAGAUGUGUUCAUGUGAAAUAUGUUUGUAUAAAUUUGAAGUGUAUUAAAGCUGUGCA